AUUCCACGAGCACACGACCGGGCGCUUGAGCAUUCCAAACAACUAACACCUACCCUGCCGGUCAUCGAUUUGGUGCUGCGAAACGGCGACAGCGAGGGCGUGUGAGAGGCCUCUAACGCACACGUAAUCAUGUCUGCCACCGAAGAAACAGUCAAGAAGGAGAUGCCCGAGGCCCAGGAGACAGCCGAGCCGGGGAAGCUGGAGGAAACACAGAACACCCAGGGCACAGAAGAGGAAUCCUCAGAUGAGGAAACAGAGGAACAACAGAGACCAGCCUCGAGGGAUGGCUCUGAGAAGGACACGGAAACAUUUGAGGAUGCUGUCGAGACUGGAUCGCUCCGAUCCUUGACCAAACGCCAACCGCCCGUCAACCCCCCAUCCGUCGAGGACCCGAUCGAUUCCGACUACGAGGACGAGGCGUCACAGACCGCUGCAACGAACGGGAGGCCCGACUCACAAGAGCUACCGACAGAGAAGAAGAUCCCGCGCCCUCUUUCGCAAGAAUCUGCCGGCUCUCUGGAUAAUGUAAACCUCGACGACGACGCGGCGACAGCGACGACGGCGCCAACUCAACAAGAGAGUAGUCCGCCGCCAGAGAAGGCGCCCAAAACCAUGUCCUUCAGCAGCCUAACCAACGCCCUACCGCCAAUGCCAUGGUCGCCGCCAGCUACCGAUCCCCAGUCAAAAAGCCCCCCGGCGGCAGCAGCAGCGGUAGCAGCUCCGCCUCCACCCGCCCCUGCCGCGGCCCCUGCCCCGGCACCAGCGCCCACGGGUAGGAAAUUCAACAGUCCGUUUUCGUGGCUUUCGCGAAGCUCCUCUAAAGACCCCCCGGCUGUGCAGCCUAUCCCGUCUACCAGAAGGAACACCGCCAGCUCAGUCGCCACCAUGACUAGCAAUCCGGAGAUGAUGCUGAGCAAACUGGAGGAAGAGAAAGAUGGGGAAGAUGGCCCGCGCAACAGUCUAAAGGAUCGCUUCAAGGCGCUUCGCAUGAGGGAAGAGGUCGUUGCCCAGAUUGAAGAGGAGAAGACCUUGACAGUAUCUAGCGAUGCUGCGGAGAACGGCGCCGCGGGGCAACCGCCUCCAUCACCAUUGCCCCAGAGCCCGAACAAGAACCUCGCCCCCGGAACUGCUUCCGGUGCCACGGCCGGGCCAUCAUCCCUAGUAGAUGUCGACGUGGACUGGGAUCUAUGGCAAAACGUGGUUAACGAAGGUCCCGCUGCCGUGGCCCGGACCAGUGCGGAGGAACUGAAUAGGGCGAUCGCCACCGGAAUCCCAAGCGCUAUCCGCGGCGUCAUCUGGCAGGUUCUGGCCCAGAGCAAGAACGAGGAGUUGGAAGCCGUCUAUCGGGACCUUGUCGUUAGGGGCACCGACAAGGAGAAGAAGGACAAGGAUAGGCAGAGCAGCGGGACGACAAUAAGCGCCACCAUCAGCGCCAGCGCUAAGGGGUCGACUUCCUCAGCGUCGUCGGUCCACUCGGUGAACUCUGGUUCGAACGGUGCACCAUCUCCGACCGACUCGGACUCCGUCAAGAAGGCUCAGUCUAUUUCUGCCGCCGAGCGGCAGAAGAAGGACAAGGAGGACGUAGCCGCCAUUCAAAAGCUUGAGAAGACCAUUAGGAGAGAUCUCGGAGCAAGGACGAGCUAUUCCAAGUUUGCCGCGGCUCAAGGGCUUCAGGAGGGCCUGUUCGGCGUUUGCAAGGCAUACGCGCUGUUUGACGAUGCCGUCGGUUAUGCUCAGGGCAUGAACUUCCUCGUCAUGCCCAUUCUUUUCAACAUGCCGGAAGAGGAAGCAUUCUGCUUGUUAGUACGGUUAAUGAAUCAGUACCAUCUGCGGGAUCUUUUCGUCCAGGACAUGCCCGGCCUCCACCUUCACCUCUACCAGUUCGAGCGCCUCCUCGAGGAUUUCGAACCGGCACUUUACUGCCACCUCAAGCGACGUGGCAUUUCUCCCCAUCUCUACGCUACGCAGUGGUUCUUAACCCUCUUCGCAUACCGAUUUCCUCUACAACUAGUCCUGCGCAUCUACGACCUGAUUCUUUCCGAAGGCCUGUCCGCCAUCCUCAAGUUCGGCACCGUCCUCAUGCAAAAGAACUCGGCCGCGCUCCUUGCCAUCUCCGACAUGGCUCAGCUCACCACCUUCCUCAAAGACCGCGUCUUCGACGUCUACAUCGACGCCUCGCCCUCUUCCACCUCCAUCCUCGAGAACGGCUUCUUCGGCAGCUCCUCCAGCAGCAUGGACAAGGAGGUUUACCGCGCCGACCAGCUCGUGCGCGACGCCUGCGAGGUCAAGAUCACGCCCGACAUGCUCAAGUCGUACCAGGUCGAGUGGGAGGAGAAGACGCGGGCGGAGCGGGAGCGCGAGGCCGAGCUCGAGGCCCUGCGCGCGAGCAACGCCAGCUACGCGAUCCGCAUGCGCAAGCUCGAGGCGCGCCUGCAGGACGUGGACGCCGAGCAGGCGUCGCUGGCCACCGAGCUGGUGCACACCAAGGUCGACAACAACGAGCUGCGCGACGAGAACGAGGGCCUCAAGAUCCAGGUCAAGGAGCUGCGCAUCGUCAUCGAGAAGCAGCCCGCCGAGCUCGAGUCCGCCUGGCAGCUGGAGCGCGACGACCUCAUGAAGCGCAACGCCAACGUCCACGAGGAGAACCAGAAGCUCGAGAAGGAGAUGUCGGAGCUCGAGGAGGAGCUGGUCCAGACCAAGAUGCAGUAUGCCGAGACCAACUCGCAACACGAGGCGCUGACGAGGAAGUGGACCGAUCUCAAGAGGCAGUUCCAAUCCUAAAUAGCUCGCGGGGCAGAGUCAAGAAAAAUCAGCGUCGGUCAUGGCCCGGACAGGAUCUUACACGCAACAAAAAAAAAAAAAAAAAGUCACAGAACGGGCCAGCCAUGCCUAGCGCGAGUCCCCACGCCGGAACGCGUUACCAAUUUUAGAGUGGUCAAGGAAGAGGGGGAUCUGGCAGUGGGCUGGCAAAGAA